AUGGCAACUCAACCACCCUCUCAAUUUGCUUAUCGUACCGUUAGCAACUUGGCACUUUCUGCAGGGAACCCCACUUAUCAACCUUUAGAAAGUUUUCAAGACCCUGGUGGAAGUAUUAAAAUAUUUCAAUAUAGUAAGGAUGGAAGUCAUUUUGGUUGGGUAUCACCAGAAAGUGUUAAAAUCAUUGAUGCUGAAACUGCAGAAUUGAUUAACGAAAUUCGAAAAAGUAAUGUUGUGGAAAUCGGCUUUUCUCCAAAGGGAAAUUAUAUUUCAACUUGGGAAAGACCUGUGAAAUUACAAGAUGGUUCAGCUCACAAGAAUUUAAUUAUAUGGGAGGUUGCAACUGGCCAAGAAUUAAUUUCAUUCACACAAAAAUCUCAAAACAAUUGGAAUGUUCAAUGGACUGAAGAUGAAACAUAUUUUUGCCGCAUGGUUACCAAUUUAAUUCAUUUCUAUGAUAGUAAAAAUAUAGAACUAGGUAUCCAUAACAAAUUACCUUUGGAUGGAAUUAAUGAUUUUUCUUUAUCUCCUGGCAAGAAUCCUUCAAUAGCUGUGGUUAUUCCAGAAAAAAAUGCAGCACCAGCAAUUGUUCGUAUCUACUCUAUUACAAAUUUUAAUUCACCUUCAGCCCAAAAAACUUUUUAUAAAAUGGACAAAGUGGUAAUGUUAUGGAAUGAUUUGGGAACAAGUUUAUUAGUUUUGACACAAACUGAAGUUGACAAGACAAAUAAAUCUUAUUAUGGAGGAGGUAAUAUACAUGGAUGGAAAUGUUAUAAAGAAGGGCCAAUUCAUGAAGUAACAUGGAGUCCAAAUUCUAACGAAUUUAUAGUUAUUUAUGGAUAUAUGCCAUUUGCCAAAGCAACAUUGUUCAAUCAACGUGCGGAUCCAGUUCAUGAUUUUGCUGGUUUUGGUACAUUGAAUGGAACAGUGGAUAUUUGGGAUCGUGAAUCAUUAAAAAAAAUAACAACAUUUAAAGCAACCAAUUCGACAGAAUGUAGUUGGUCACCUGAUGGUCGAUAUAUUCUGACAGCAACUCUUAGCCCGAGACUUAGAGUUGAUAAUUGUUAUAAAAUUUGGCAUUAUACCGGUGUAAUAAUAAAUUCUAACAAUUUUCAAGAAUUAUUACAGGUUCAAUGGAGGCCUGCAAAUCCUAAUUUAUAUCCUAUGCGGUCAUUAUCUCCACCACCAAAAAUCACUCAAAACUCUGAUAAUAUAAUAUCAAAGCCAACUCCAACAAGAGUCGGUGCAUACCGACCCCCUCAUGCUCGUGCACGUGGUUCUUCAAACGACAUAUUUAAGGAUACAGGUGAUUCCAACGAUAAUAACUCUCCAGUAAGAUCAGAAUCUACUACUACCACAAAAUCUACAGAAAGUUUUUCUAGAUCAUCAUCUCUUAGUAGAAAACAAAGUAUUAAUAGUAUUGGUAGUAAUAUAAGUACAAGUCCUUUAUCAGAAACAGAUAAAAAAGUUCGUAAUAUAAAUAAAAAGUUGCGUCAAAUAGCUGAGCUAAAAGAAAGAAAAAAAAGAGGCGAUAGCUUGGAAUUGACGCAAGUAAGUGUAUAG